AAAUAAGAAGUGAUUAAUGAGAUUGGUAAAGAAAAAGCUUUUGAUUAUUAGUUGAUAAUAGUUAGUGAGAACUUGCAAAAAUAUGUUCUAACUGUGUAAAUAUAGGAAGGGGAACUUGCAAAUAUAACUGAGAUUUGGCCGGAAUAGAGAACAACUGGGAAUCUGAACACCAAAUACGACGUAUAUAUUAUCCUCAAUAUAGAAGAAGUUACGAAUUAGCCGUGAAAUCCUUUUACGUUGCAAUUACUGUACACUCCUUGAUUUUCAGAGAGCGUGUCGACAGAAUACACAUGCUCUCUCCCUGUUCCUUUCCAUCCGUCUCGAUCGACAUUAACUAUCAUUCAUAACGAAAACAGCUCCGGCUGACGAGGAUAAUUAACCGGUCGCCUCUCAUCUUCCAGUUGGCCGGCCGGGUUUUUGGUACGCAAUCAGUGUCGCUGCUCAGACAGCGGCACGUGUUUGAUUCGUGGGUUGAGACAUUUCCAUCUGCGGAGCAGAAUCCGACAGCAGCUGCUGCUGCUUCAUCUUCUUCUUCUUCUUGUUGUUCUCCCGAUGUUCGCCGUAAAAGUAGGAAACGAACCCCCACAGGGACAGGCCAAGGGAGACGCCCUUCUCGGCGUGGAAACUCUCGCUGUAGAAGAUCACGGCGAGGACUUCCGUCACCGGGAGCAGGACGGCGAUGAGAAUCCCGGAGAGCAGAGAGCUCCCGACGAAGAUGACGCCGACGGCUCCGAGGAAGAAGGCCUGCCAGAUGAUGGCGCUGAACACCAGAACGACGUAGUACUUGGUUUCUCCUAGGCUUGAUCCGCUUGCCUCCCUCGGAAUCGCCUGCACAACGUCAAAGGCAACUGAUUAAAGAUUAAGGAUUUAAUUAUUAUUAUAAUUAUAAUUAACUAAACCGCUAGUAAAAUUGAUGUUAUAACUGUUAGAGAGUGGUAUAAGAUCCAGCAGAAUCUUCUUUCAAAACUCGAGUUAUUGGAAUCAACUGGUUCUUGACAUGGUAUCAGAGCUGGUUUGGCCAAAUGGUCGUGUGUUCAAAUCUCCACGACCCCUAAUAUUAACAGUUGAUUAAAGCACAAGGUAUGGUGGGCCUGUGCAAACUUCAAGCCCAUGGGUUGGCUUUCGUUUGAGGGGGCGUGUUAGAGAGUGGUAUAAGAUCCAGCAGAAUCUUCUCCCAAAACUCGAGUUAUUGGGAUCAACUGGUUCUUGACAAUAAUUAGCGCUCAAUUAGUACGAUGUUAUCCGCUUUGGGCUAAGUCUACACGGUUUUACUCUUGGGUAUCAUCUCCAAAAGGCCUCCAAACCGGACGCAACCCUCAAAUCCCGAUGUCACCAAAUGAGUGUCCACCAAACUGACAUCCACCGCCUCGAACCGAACCAGACUCUGAUACCACUUGUCAUAACCGGAGUGCUCAAUUAGUACGAUAAGUCCGCUUUGGGCGAAACCUGCACGAUUUUACUCUUGGAUAUCCUCCUCAAAAGAGUUCGUACUAAUAAGGUUGGUGAUCACUAAUAUACAACGGUUCCUUUUCUUAUAUUUUCGAUAUGCUACUUGAAUUAUUUCAUAUAACAGUUGAAAUGUUGACAUUUAUCACACUUUUUUAGGCACUAGGAGUGGCGUUGGUGGGCGCAUGCACAUCAAGCAAUUAGGAAGAAAGGUGUUGCGGGCAGAAGUAGAUCUGUCGAUGGAAGGUAAUUAAAGAGGGAUCAAAGGUGGGGUGGGGUGGGUGGGAGGGCAUUCCUUAAUAUCGUUGGACACAAAUGGAUGAUUGAAAAGGCAAAAGGGGAGGCUGUCAUUUUAGGAGUGUGAAAUAGAAUAUAGUAAAUGGUUUCACAUGGCAAAUCAAAAAGGGUUAGUUUUUCAUGGAAAUCGGCCGGAUUAGACACUAGUAAAAGCUCAUGGCAUUGGCAUAUAUAUGCAACGAUCACUCAUCCAUAUCAACACAUGAUAAAUAUCUAUCUAGGGGUGAAGUUAGGCCAAAUCCAACCCUCACUCCGCCACUACUCUAAAUUGAUCAGGUUCGGUAGGAUCAAGCAUUUAAUUUGACACGAUACUACUCUUUUUUUAUUCGUUUAACUUGUACAGAUAGGAUUGGGUCCACUCACAUAAAAAAACACACUCUCUUUUUUCAAUUACAUUUUGGUAUACCCUAACUCACAUUUUUGUACAAGUACCCAAACUAUUUUUUCACAAAAAAGUACGUAAAUUUUUUGAUAAAAUUAUGUUUUAGUAGCUUUAUAUUUUUUACCUCACAUUAUUACCUCAAAUUUUAAAACUUUACAAACAGAUUCAAUGUGUUGAUAUGAGAAGUUUCAUAUCACUAGUUAUUGUUAUAGGUCAUAUGACCAAAAAAUGACCCGAGCCAAAACUGACCGAAUCAUAUUCAACCCUAGACUGAUCCUGUAAACAAAUUGACCCAACUCGACUCUCAAUAUCUGAUCGGGUUGGGCCAGUGGAUAUAUAAAGCCAGACCUACAGCCCUAAUAUAUAGUAGACUUGGAGUGAUUGUCUAGAACAAGCUUUCCUCUCUUUAAUCUAUGCAGUUAGUAUACACAUUUGGUAUAAAAAAAUGUUAUGCUCUCAUUAUGAUUAUAAGUAAAUGAUUAUAAGUAGUGAGAGGUACUUUAAGCACAAUAUAAAGUGUCUUUUGAA